AUGGCUUAUGCUUUGCAGAACCUUGCUGGUACAGCUGCUAAUAGAUCGCUCGACGCGGUUACAUGCAAUGUCCUGAAUCAGACCAAGCUGCUUUGGACGGCUGCCUUUGUGGUCUUCCGAAAACAGCGGCACUUUUCCUUCCGCGAGUGGGUUGCCCUCGCGAUGAUACUUCUAGCUUCGGCGCUGACAGCUUGCGAUGGCGAUAGCCUUGAAGCUGAAGGGCCCUGCUGGGGUCGGUGUCAUGGCAUCGCAUGCGCCUGCUUUGCAGCAAUGUGCUCUGCGUUUGGGGCUGUGUUGACUGAAGAAGCUCUGGUGAAGGGUCGGGACCCGUUUCUACUCUCUGCCGAGUUGGCUGUUGGCGGCCUUGUCACGCUUCUGCUGACCAUGCCCCUCCUGCAGCAGAAGGAAAACUUGGAAGAAAUGCUAUGGGGCUGGACAUGGGCUACGUUGCUUCCGCUACUGGCACAUGCUGGUGGGGGCAUCCUUGUUGGUAUCGUCACCAAGCGGCUUGGCAGUGUGAACAAGGCCAUCCUCAUGGUGGUGAGCCUGCUUUUGACUGGGAGUUUGAAGGUGCUAAUUGAGCGUCAUCUGCCCUCGGUCACAUCGAUGGCAUCCAUUGCGCUUGUCGCGGCCGGCCUUGCCCUGUAUUGUGAUCUUGGGCAAUGUGUGGUGGCCUUUUUCCAGCGCGAGAGACCAGUCGCAGAGGUUUUGCAGCCACUGCAAUUGCAUUGCAGCUGGUACCGGACCCUGCUGAGCCACCCCCAGCAGCGGAUGCAGCUGAAGGCUGAUGGAUUCGAGUGGGUGCGAGAGUACACGGCUUGA